AGAUAUUUUAAUAUGGCUACCCCAGAAUCAUUAAAUCCUGCACCUCUCACUGGUCUUGGAGAUUAUACAUAUAAGAAGGUCUUAGAAGAUGAUUAUUCAACUGGAAAGUUAAACUUGAAAAUAAAAGGAAAUACAAAAAUUUUGGGCACCGCUAACUAUAAAGGAUGGUUGGAUAUUGAUAAAAAAUAAUCAAAAUAAGAAACAAAAUUCCAAUUCCCAUAUUAAAAGUAUAUAUAUGAAAAAUAUGAAAGUUAUUUCUUUUAGAUUGCCACAAGAGAAGAUGGAGCAAAAGUUCACAUCGAUUUUGGAAAAGUAGGAAACAUAAGAAAUGGAAAUGUUAAUCUUUUUGCUAAUGCUAAAUUUACUAGCUCUGAAUUUGGAAAAGCAAUAAUUAGAGUUGGUGGAGUAACAUAAUGGAAUACAGUAAAUCAUCAUUUACGUAUAUACAAUAAUAAUUAUUUAUAGGUUUUGAAUAUAAUCCAAGUACUGCAGUAAAUUUAUUAAGUAGAAUAUCAUAUAAAAAUAAAUCUUGUGUAUUUACUGCUUCAGAAGAUUUUCAAAUUACAGGUGGAUUUGGAGUGAAAAGAUUAGAUUUCAUUGCAGGAUGUCUUUCUAAAAAUUAUGAUAUCUUUUUUAGACAUUUGACUAAUUAACCUACUUAAUCUAAAGCAUUAUCAUAAUUAACAAAUGGAAGGCUUUUAUUCGAUUUUAUUUACAGAUAGAACAAAUAAACAUUUGGAGUAGAGACAGAAUAUGAUUUAGCUAAAUCUUAAUUUAAUGCAUUAGUUGGAGUUGCUACUAAAGUAGAAAAUGUUGAUUUGAAAGCAAGAGUCAAUUUGAUUUAAUAGAAAUUAGCUUUAAGUGGAAAAGGAAAAAUAAAUGAUAGGUAAAUAUAAUUGUAAUCAUGUAUUUUAGAUUUAAUUGGACUUUAUCAACUGAAGUACCUCUUAAUGGAUCAUUACCAACUAAAUAGGGAAUCUUACCACUUCCAAUUGGAUUUACAUUAGAUGCAUCAUUAUGAUCAAUAUUAAUAUAUUAUAUGUAUAAAAAAAUAAAAUUUAAUUGUGA